AUGUGCGAGGCGCCCCAGCAGACAACACCAGCAGCCACCGCAGAGACAUCGAUAAGGGCAUCUAAAGAACCGGCAAGGUCUCCCAUCUAUCAUGACACUCAGAUAUGGCCAGAUCAGCACGUUCAGAAGAGCAUUCAGCGGGUCGUGCGACAAGUCGCCGUGUAUUUCCUGCGUGAUUGCAUGACAAAGGAUCUGCUUCCUGCGAUGGGCCAGCUCAAGGUUGUCCAGCAUAUUUUGCGAGCGGCUGAUGCUCCGUAUGCAUAUGCCCUAGAGCGUGUAUUUUCGCCGAACCAUGUGGUGGUGUGCCUGUCGUGGCUGCUAACGCUUUUUGCGCAUGACGUAUCGACGCUACGCACAGCGCAGCGAAUCCUCGACUUUGCUUGGUCGUUUGGCCCAGCUAGUAUCCUGUAUGUAUGUGCGUCGGUCCUUCUUUCCCAGAAAGAGUCCCUGCAUCCUCGCUUGUAUGCGAUGGAUGUAGCAGAGGUGCAUCAGCAUCUUUCGGACGCACCGCGUUCCCUCGCGGCUGAUGAUGUGCUCGCGGACACUCUACAGAAAGCGGCAUCUCUUAUGCAGCAGUACCCACUUACAUGCCCGGCUGUCCACGCGCACCAUGUCCUGAGUUGCGAAAGUGUGCUUUUCACUUGGCGCGCUGAGCGUGUGAAUAUCCCCAUGAUCAUGCAGUUGCCGACGACGCACAUUGCGUUGGAUGUCAUGCCAUCGCCACGCGACGAGGUUGACUUUCAUUCUGUCGUUCGCUCGCACUUGCGGCCUACAUGGCAUCGUAUCUUCCGUGAGCUGGCUCACUUGCAUCCCAUGCGCCGCGUGCUUCUGUACCCCAAGGCCCUCUUUGUCUCGUCGCUCUCCCUGCUGCUGGGCGGCAGUGUUGUGACACUUUUGCUUGCGAUACAUGUCACGGACCACGGACGCAUCGCAUAA